ACCUUAAUGCAGUGUGGCUGUGUGGUAAUAUGGUGGCUGUAAUAAUGGGAUUUAUGCAAUGUGUGCUUGGGCUUUUAGUGCUGGUUGCAUUUGAUCAUGUGUACAGUGCCAGGCCAAAGGCUCGAGUGUUUCAUCCCCGGGUGCUGAUGCAAGAACCUCAAAGUGUUGAUUCUCAGCUUAGGGAGCAGUGGAAUUCUAUCCAAGGUUCUAAUGGAGUUCAAUCUCGGAGGCCCCAGCAGGCUCCGCUUACUUCAAAUCUGGCACCUUCAAGUAUUCAGUCCAAACAAGAAUUGCUGGGCCCAGUCAAGAAGCUGGUCUGGAAGUUCCCAAAGGUCCAAGAAGAGCCAGUACAGCCAGAUUUUAACUUUGAGUUGCAGCAGCCUAGACCUUCCGACAGUGUAGCAGUCCAGUGUUGGGAAAAUGGGGUGCAUGUGGAAGUGAAGCAGGACUUCUUUGGUACUGGCCAGCUGCUUGAGCCCUCUCUUUUAUCUCUAGGGGGCUGUGCUGUAGUGAACGUGGAUGCAGCUGCUAAAGUCCUGAUCUUUCACUCUGCACUUCAGGAGUGUGGUAGUCAGUUUAUGGUGACUGAGAAUGAGCUUGUCUAUAUCUUUACCCUUGAUUAUAGACCAGCAGCAUUACAAAGCACUCCAAUUGUAAGGUCCAGUGGUGCUACAGUUGGUAUUAAAUGCCACUACCCCAGGAGACACCACGUGAGCAGUAACGAAGUGCAGCCAGCUUGGAUCCCAUAUGCGUCCACCCAGGUUGCAGAGGAUAUUCUGGUUUUCUCCCUGAAGAUCAUGACUGAUGACUGGAUGUUUGAGAGGCCUUCGACUGUUUUCUUCCUGGGUGAUGUCUUAAAUAUUCAGGCAUCUGUGAAGCAGUACAACCAUGUUCCCCUUCGUAUAUUUGUGGACCACUGCGUUGCCACUAGGGACCCUAAUGUGAAAUCCGCUCCAAUGUAUUCUUUUAUUGAAAAUCAUGGUUGCCUCACUGAUGCAAAGUAUACAGGCUCCAUCUCCAAAUUUCUGCCCAGAGUGCAAGAUGACAAACUCCAGUUUCAGUUGGAGGCCUUUAGGUUCCAACAAGAGAGCAGUGGUGAUAUUUACAUCACCUGCCUUCUAAAAGCAAGUGCAGCUUUGGCACAGGUUGACGAAAAUCACAAGUCUUGUUCUUUUAGAGCAAAUGAAUGGGUCUCUUCUGAUGGCCGUGAUGAGGUAUGUGGCUGCUGUGACGCAAGCUGUGGAUUGAGGACCAAUAGCGUUUUAACCAAAGUACCAGGUUUCCAGUGGGAGGGAAAAGCCCAGGUUGGCCCUCUCCAGGUCUGGGAGAUUCAACUUAAAGCCAAAAAUGUUUAAUUUUUGUAAAUAAAGAUUUAAGUACUUCUGAA